UUUCCCGUAGAGAAGCACCUGGUGCUGCUGCGGGACGGCCGGACGCUCAUCGGGUUCCUGCGCAGCAUCGACCAGUUCGCGAACUUGGUGUUGCACCAGACCGUGGAGCGCAUCCACGUGGGCAAGAAGUAUGGGGACAUCCCUCGGGGCAUCUUCGUGGUGAGGGGCGAGAAUGUGGUGCUGCUGGGGGAAAUUGACCUGGAGAAGGAGAGCGACACACCUCUGCAGCAGGUGUCCAUCGAGGAGAUCCUGGAGGAGCAGCGGGUGGAGCAGCAGGCCAAGCAGGAGUCAGAGAAGCUGAAGGUGCAGGCGCUGAAGGAGCGGGGCCUGUCGGUGCCGCGGGCGGACACGCUGGAUGAGUACUGAGCUGCUGCUCCGUCACCCCCGGGCAGGGACAGGCUUCCAUGGAAAGGCAGGUUUUCAUUUUCAGAUUGUAUUUUCCGUGGUGCUGGUAACUGUUCACAAAUCAUGCCUUUAGUCUCCUUCAGGAGAAGGAGACGAGGAGGGCCCAGCGCACUGGGAGUGCAAGCAUUUGUUUUUGGGAGGCAAAUCAUUGCUCCUUGGGUUUGUUUGCUUUCUCCUCCUCACGUGACUCUGGGUGAGACUUUUCCUUGACAUGUAAAUAAAUCCUUGAUCCUGA